UAGCGUCACCAGUCCUGUGAUGGGUUACACGUGGGCCUCCAGCGAGCAACACUUCCGGAGUUUCACUUCCCGUUUGUAAGGGUUGGGCGAUCGAGUAAAACCCGGAGUUCAAUCUCCGCAAGUGUUUAAUAAUUUGGACAGUUUAAAUCGACUAUUACUUAAUCUUUGCGACGAAAUGCCCAUUGACUGGAUGGGAUACGGAUACUCCGCUCUGAUUGUGAUUGGAGGUAUUGUGGGUUAUGUUAAAGCAGGUAGUGUCCCCUCUCUGGCCGCAGGUCUGCUCUUUGGAGGCUUCGCUGGACUUGGUACCUACAAGAUAUGUCAGAAUCCAAAACACGUUUGGGUUCUUCUAGCAACCUCAGCAAGUCUAGCGGGGGUCAUGGGAUUCCGGUUUUUAAACUCCGGCAAGUUCAUGCCAGCGGGCCUGAUGGCAGCUGCCAGUCUGGUGAUGUUAGGUAGGACUGGACUAGGCAUGUUACAGAGACCCCAUGGGCCAUAGUGAUUAUCAGCAGAACUCUCCGGAUCCCAUGCAUACUAAUGGAGAUACUUUACAUGGCGUAAAUGACCAAUCAAGUAGACCUAGAUACUCUCACAAUUAUUUUUGUAUACCUGUAUGUAUUCUAUGGAAAAUAUAUUCUGAUCGUUUCUAUAAA